AUUGUUGCCAGUUGGGGGGGUUGUAACCGCCGGGGGGUGCGGAACGUUCUGUCCGGGCCGCCGCCGCCGCCGCCCCAGGGGCCGCGAUCCCCGGGCCCGAGCCCCGGCUCCCACCCCUGGAGCCCUCCCCGGGGCGGGCGGGCUCCGGGACCAGCCCCGGCCGCCAGGACCAGCCGCGGCCGCCGGGCCCCAUGGAGAACUUCCAGAAGGUGGAGAAGAUCGGCGAGGGCACCUACGGGGUGGUCUACAAGGCCAAGAACAAAGUCACCGGCGAGGUGGUGGCGCUGAAGAAAAUCCGCCUGGAUACAGAGACUGAGGGCGUCCCCAGCACCGCCAUCCGGGAGAUCUCCCUGCUCAAGGAGCUGAACCACUCCAACAUCGUCAAGCUGCUGGACGUGAUCCACACAGAGAACAAGCUCUACUUGGUCUUUGAGUUCCUGCACCAGGACCUGAAGAAGUUCAUGGACUCGUCCUCCAUCAGUGGCAUCCCUCUGCCCCUCAUCAAGAGUUACCUGUUCCAGCUGCUGCAGGGCCUGGCCUUCUGCCACUCCCACCGGGUGCUGCACCGCGACCUCAAGCCCCAGAACCUGCUCAUCAAUGCCGAGGGAGCCAUCAAGCUGGCGGACUUCGGGCUGGCACGGGCAUUCGGCGUGCCGGUGCGAACCUACACCCACGAGGUGGUGACUCUCUGGUACCGGGCCCCUGAAAUCUUGCUUGGCUGCAAGUACUACUCGACGGCUGUGGAUAUCUGGAGCCUGGGCUGCAUCUUUGCUGAGAUGAUCACCAGGCGAGCCCUGUUCCCCGGAGACUCAGAAAUUGACCAGCUCUUCCGCAUCUUCCGGACGCUGGGCACCCCGGACGAGGCCGUGUGGCCGGGGGUCACUUCCAUGCCCGAUUACAAGCCCAGCUUCCCCAAAUGGGCCAGACAGGACUUCAGCAAGGUGGUGCCCCCUCUGGACGAGGAGGGGAGGAAGCUCUUGGCUCAAAUGCUGCACUACGAUCCCAACAAGCGGAUUUCGGCCAAGUCAGCGCUGAACCACCCCUUCUUCCGGGACGUCACCAAGGCCGUCCCUCACCUGCGCUUGUGAACUGGUUUCAGGGAGGGGGCCAGCCCAGCCAGGACUCUGCUGCCCCCACUCUGGCUCUGUCUGGCCUAUGCCUGUAUCUGGAUCCGUCUCCUGGGGCUGGGCCUGCCCUGGGGGUCCUGUGACUCAUCCCGCCCCAGCGGACUUGCACUUAGCCUCCUGAACAGAGAGGAUGGCAACCCCAGUCCCCAUUGCCCUGACUGGAGCUCCUAGUCUGUGGCUUUGACCCUCCCUGGAGGGCUUGGAUUCCAGCACCAGCAAUGGGACCUUGCUGCAGCUGGGAACAUCCCUCACCCGUCACCCUGGUUGAGCCCCUUCUCCUUUCACCUCCCUCGGCAUGCCCCCAUCUGAGACCCUUCAGCGAUGUCUCUCAUCCUCCAGAGCCCCCCGAAUUCCUGCUCCAACACAGGGUGAGCCCCCCUGGAGCCUCCGUGCCUCCUCAAUGGGCGUAAGGCAGGGAGGGUCUGGCUAGGGAACCAUCCCCUCCUACCAUCGAGAUUGGUUCAAACUGGAUACGCUCAGCUGGCCCCAGUGAACUCGCUCGCCCACCUGUCGCCUGCUUCUCGUCCAGCACCCUGGAGUCUGCUGCACUAGAGACUCAAACUGCAGCCGGUGCUCCUGGCAACUCCUGUUCCUGCUGCAGAUUGGACCCUGCAGAUUGGCUGCCCAAAUCCCCAGCGGCUCUUUGCAUUGGGGGGCCCCACAGGAGUGGCACACGUCCCCAACCACUCAGGCAACAUGCGUUGUAAGGGCUGAUCCUGCAGCGUGUUGGGCCCACUUGGCUCCUCCCUCCUCCCCUGGCAGGAUCUGACCCUAAUCAGGGACUCUGCUUACUUAGCAUCCUCCCCACCUUAGUGUCCCAUGGGCAGAAGCGUUUUGUCCGACAGGGCCCAAGAACCUCGCACAUCCUAUGCUGGUAUCCUGCCCCCCGCGGGAACACCUCACCAGGUGCAACCUGAUGCACGUAGCUUCUGCAGGGAAGCAGGUUCCUCAUCCGCUCCAGGGAGAAUCUGCACCCACAGGAGGGGGUUUGCUCUAAAGGCUUCACCCUGCACAGUGUGGUGAAGCGGGAACCCAGCAGCUGAAAGUGAUUGUUGCAGCCAGCUCUUCUCAUGGCCCCCCUGCAAGAUGCCUCCCCAUUUCUCUGCUCCCUGAAGGGCUUUGAAAGCCAAGAGCUUUGUCCUUGAAAGGAGCCCCUGACCUGACAGUGCUGCAGUCUCCUCCGACAGAUUCUCCCCCCCGCCGCAUCAUUGGCCACUCAUUCUGUGGUGCUGUCUAUGGCCAAGUGCAAUGCAAGGGGACAGAUCCUUGGUGGGCGUCGAUCAGGGUGGUUCCACUGAUUUGUCAAUGGUGCUAUGGCAGUUUAUGCCAGCUACAGAUCUGAUCCCAGAAUCUGAUAUACACCUCAUUAGAGCUGGUACCAGCCACCAGCCGGGCUGUUCCCCACACGCUCUGGAGGGCUGUUUCCCAGUGGGGUUAGUACUCCUUGUCACUUUUCUUUUGGCUUAGAUCUUCCCAUGCCAGACGCGCUUCAGCUCAUGGAAAGGUUGGCUCUUGCACCUGGGGCCAGAUCCCCAGCUGGUGUGGACAGCGUAUCUCCACUGCUUUCAGCAGAACGAUGCGUAUUUACGCUAGCUGAGAGUCUGGCCUGUGAAAUGGGCACGUGCACCCAAACUGAGCUUUUAAUUCUCCCUCCUUUCCUGUGGGCUUCCCCAGCUGCGUUCCCUAGGGGACCGGGGCAGCUCAAGGGGUUGGGGGUGCUACUGAGUCUCGGUUGGAGCAGUCGUCCACUUAGAUUGUCCUGGAGGGUGAGGAAGGGUGACACCCUGUUCGAAAGUAUCCCCCAUCACCUAGCCCUCAGUGGCAGCUAGAUAUUCAGCAGCUGCUUCCUUUAAGUGCAGUGCAGGUGGGGUGUUUGGAUAGAUUGGAAGGCUACGAUUGAGAUCACUGAGGUAGCAGCUAUUGCUAGGGGCAGCUCUCCACCAGAAUAACAUGAUCAGUUUCAGAUGAGCUGGUAAUGUUUCCCUACAAACAGCCCCAUUUGUAAAAGCCUGGAACAUCCCAUGGUGUGGACGGUGGGCUGCUGUCACCUGCCCACCUCCAGACUCUUGGGGUCUGCUUAAAGAAGGGAUGGGAGGGGAAUCCACAUCUAAACCGAAAUUGAUCAGUUGACAAUAGAUGAAUAGACUAUUUAAACACAGACUUAGUGUAUUUUAUAGAAAAGCAUUUUAUAUUUAAGGGUUGUUUAUAAAAGUAUUUUAGAGGUACAAAUUAAUAUUCAAGGAGAGGAAUGAUCAUUAAGGGAAGCCGUGGAUUUAGCUCAUGAGCCACAUGGGCCUUUUCCAGGUGAGGGUUAAAAGUCUGAAUGGUUCUGUUCCUAUCACAGCUAUUUUGAUCUCUUGUAUCUUGAGUUUCUUUAGAGCAGAAGGGUUGUGUCUCAUUUCCUUCCACAGCGGACUAGCUUUUUUUCUCAACUCAGUUGCCUAAAGAAAAAUGUAGGGUUAGGACAGCAACAUAAAGUGCCUGAUGGAAACCAGUUUGAGGAGAGAGGGGAAAUUGAGCCUCAGAAAUUCUCCCAAAACAAUGCUGCUGCCAAUUUGUGAUGAAAACAGAGGGAAGGAGAGAUGCAGAUGGGGUUAAUAGCUAUAGUGACACAAUAUUUGCGAGCAUGAAUAUAUAUUUUUUGGACUGGAACAAAUAGGGAAAUAUUUAUAAGGCCAUGUUAGUUUUAAAGCAGAGCUCUGGAUUUGUAUAAAGUUUGUUAGACAAGCACUGUGGAGUUUUUGUAAGUGAAUAUUUUUAAAAAUCAAACCCUAGAAUAUAUUUGUCGUCCCUGAUUCUUUGUAGACUGUUGUUUCUUACCAAAUGUUAAAAAUAUUAUGGGGUUGGUUUACAAAUCAUUAAAAAUAUUCUCAGUUUUAACCUGA